AUGAAAGACUUAAAUGAGCUAACAGGAGAUACAAAGGAAUUAGAAGAAAAAGCGACUACAAAGGGCUUUGACAGGUAUUACGAAGAAGAUUGGCUCACUGAUAGAAAAGCAGAAAGAUUUAAAGAUGAACAUAAUGUAUUACCUAAAACAACGGAGGGGCUUGAUGAAGUGGUUUUUAUACCUAAUGAUAAAGAGGACGCUAAAGGUGAAACAAACCUACGAAACAUAAUGAAAGGUGAUGACAGCAUUGUAGGCUUGAUGAACGAAGUUGAAGUUGAAACUGAGAGUCCAAAAGAAGAUAUAAUCUUUCUAUCAGGGAAGAACGAUGAUGUAGUACACAGGAUUGAAGAAAAGCAGCCAGAAAAUGAUAAAGAACAUACUACAAAGAAACCCAAAGUGGUUUUAGACUGCAAAGACUUAAACUGCAAUAACAAUAAGGCUUCCGUCUGUGGUGGCAAAGAGGAGGAACACAAGUGGAAAUUCAGACUGUUCCUAAAUGACUGCUACUUCAGGAAAGUCAAUUGUGCUUUUAAGUAUGAGUACAACAGUAAGUAUCUAUUUGCAUCCUUGGCGACUAUAACUUGCUCCCAGAUGCUGUUUGUAAUACUCUCAGCCCCUUACUUCGAGUUUCAGCCCCCCAGAUCUCGCCCACAAGAACAGAUUCAUAAUCAGCUCAACGAAACGAGAAGAAUGUUUUCCUCAAGGAGGUCAUUGAGCUUCGGAAUAGAUGGUCAGUUCUGCGCCCACGCUUGCCCAAUCUCCUGUACCGAAGACUAUGAUCCCCAGUGCGCUGUUUCCAGCAGUGGACAUCGCCAGGUCUUCCUAAACCACUGCAAGCUCGACUACAACUCCUGCUUAAACAGGAUCGUGUGGCGUCGACAGCCGUUAUCUAAAUGCAUUGGAGGAAAGAAGGCGGAUAUGAGACAGAAUCGAGGGUUCAUAGGGUGGCUGCAGCGAGUUGGUAUCGUCGACAAGAAAGGAAGGCUUGCUGGGGCUUAGGAAGAUUAACUAGUUUAAGAGGCAUGAAUGCAGCAAUCACAGAUUUCUUAUAUCUUUAAAGGAGCAGUUCUUGUAU